AUAUGCCAGGAAAAUGUGUUUCAAGAUAUACUAGAAAGAAGAAAAGCCUUUCUGGACAAUAAAAUCAACAAGUUUAAAAAGUCGAGGAAAGGAAUUUUUCUAAAGGGGUUAGUCCAUGGUUUUGGUCAAAAAUUGGCAAUUUUUCAAUUUUUUUAUUUUAGGCAAAAUACGCCAGAAAAAUGUGUUUUAAGGUAUUUUAGGAAGAAAAAAAUACCUUUCUAGAGUAUAAAAACAAGAAGUUAAAAAGUCGUAGAAUCAGGAUUUUUCUUAAGGGGUUAGUCCAUGGGUUUGGUCAAAAAGUGGCAAUUUUUCCGUUUUUUUAGUUUAGGCAAAAUAGGGCAGGAAAAUGUGUUUCACCAUAUUCUAGAAAGAAAAGAAGUCCUUUCUAGCCUAUAAAAACAACAACUUUAAAACUUCUAAAAAUUGGGAUUUUUCCAAGGUUAGUCCAUGGUUUAGUUAAAAAGUGGCAAUUUUUCCAGCUUAAGUUUGUAUUUUAGGCAAAAUAGGCCAGGAAAAUUUGUUUUACGAUAUUCUAGAAAGAAAAAAGGGGUUAACCCCUUUGGAAAUAUCCAGUUUUCGGGACUUUGAAAAAUGAACAUUUUUAUAGAAAAGAAGGGCAUCUUUUUUAUCUAGAACAGCAGUUUGUACAUAUUCUGGCUUUAUUUCAAGGAAAAAAUAAAUUAAAAAAAUAUUGAAUUUUUUGGCCAAAAUCAUGGGUUACACCUUUUGGAAGAAUCCAAAUAAAAAUAAUAAUAUUAAAUAAAGAAAAAAUUGAAAUUUUUGACCAAAAUCAUGGGUUACCAGAGAGUAGUCCAGAAAGGCUUCAUUUUUGUCGAGAACAUCAUGCAACAUGAUUUUUGGCCUGAUUCAGUUGUCUUUAAUGGUAGGACUCCCUUCCAGGAGACAGUGUUUAUGGCUCUGUAAUAAAAUCUAUUUGCUUCCCUGGUAAAAUAAAGAAACACACAAAGCAACUUUCACUCUCAGUUUAUUGCUGUCUUUGUGAGUAAGAUUAAAUUUAAAACGAAAUGCAAACAGUUUCAACGCUUAUUUUUGGCAGUCAAAGUUCGGUAACCGUUACCUGAAAUGCGGUUGGGGAGCAACAGCUGGGUUAAAAACCUGUCCAUUCGUCCAUUUGCCUCUAGGAGGAAAACCCCAGGCCAGCUGUACCCCACUUCAAAGGUAUCCUGGGCUUGACCAAGAANUGUAUUUUAGGCAAAAUAGGCCAGGAAAAUUUGUUUUACGAUAUUCUAGAAAGAAAAAAGGGGUUAACCCCUUUGGAAAUAUCCAGUUUUCGGGACUUUGAAAAAUGAACAUUUUUAUAGAAAAGAAGGGCAUCUUUUUUAUCUAGAACAGCAGUUUGUACAUAUUCUGGCUUUAUUUCAAGGAAAAAAUAAAUUAAAAAAAUAUUGAAUUUUUUGGCCAAAAUCAUGGGUUACACCUUUUGGAAGAAUCCAAAUAAAAAUAAUAAUAUUAAAUAAAGAAAAAAUUGAAAUUUUUGACCAAAAUCAUGGGUUACCAGAGAGUAGUCCAGAAAGGCUUCAUUUUUGUCGAGAACAUCAUGCAACAUGAUUUUUGGCCUGAUUCAGUUGUCUUUAAUGGUAGGACUCCCUUCCAGGAGACAGUGUUUAUGGCUCUGUAAUAAAAUCUAUUUGCUUCCCUGGUAAAAUAAAGAAACACACAAAGCAACUUUCACUCUCAGUUUAUUGCUGUCUUUGUGAGUAAGAUUAAAUUUAAAACGAAAUGCAAACAGUUUCAACACUUAUUUUUGGCAGUCAAAGUUCGGUAACCGUUACCUGAAAUGCGGUUGGGGAACAACAGCUGGGUUAAAAACCUGUCCAUUCGUCCAUUUGCCUCUAGGAGGAAAACCCCAGGCCAGCUGUACCCCACUUCAAAGGUAUCCUGGGCUUGACCAAGAAGCAAUGAGUUACCUACUGAAAUUGCUCAUGGAAUAAUCAAGAUACCUUGACCCCAAGAAAAUGACAUAGAAAUAUUGAUAAGUAUCUGGACACUUGGGAUAAUAAUAAUUAUUUCCAAGAGUGCUGGAUCACAACAUUAAGUCCUUUUUUUGGAUUCAAUGAAUACUGCAAAAUGUCCUUGACCUGCAAAUUGGCAUCGUAAGUUGAUUACACACUUUUAUAUAUGCUUUACUAGGAAAUAAAUAGAUACUGUUGUUAUUUAGGAAUUCUGAUAAGAGACAAGUUUCAUGGUUGUAGAUGUACAGUGGGUCACUAAACUCUUUGCACCAACAGAAAUAAUUAUAUUUCUUCAAGAGGAGCUCUGCAGGACUAGGGUAGUUUCCACUAAAAAUUAUGUAACUUCAGACUCAGCAGGAGAUUCUGUCUUUGUCUCACUUAUCAACUGACACAGAUAAGGGUGUGGUGGAAGAAUAAUGCCAAAAACCAUGGCAAUUUACGACCUGAAUCAGUGAAGAACAUGCUGAAAAAUGAGGAAUAAAAAAAUCCGUCUUAAAUAAAGUUAAUUAAAAAUACAUAACUAAUACCUGUGUUAUUAGCUACAAUCGGCGACAAAAUUGUUGAGACAUUGUUCUCAAAUACGGUAACUUCAGAGAACAUAAGAAUCCACACCCCUCCCCUGUCCCCUCCAUUCAAAGUUGGGAUGUUUCUUGUUUUCUAAAGGUAGCCCGAACAGUGGCACAACAUUGCAUGGAGGGGAUGGGGGAGGAAAAAAUAUCUUUUCCCCUUUUGAAGUCCGGAAAACGUCAAAAAGCCCAUUUAGGGCGAAGUGUCUCAACUCAUUUUGUCAUUGAUUGUAGCUGAACUAUGAGCUUUUGAAAGCUAGGAGAGAAAAAUAGAAGAACAAAAAAAUUAAGUCUUACCAGCAAUCCAUCUUUUUAUCCAUUUUAUUUCUUCUCCAGUUGAGCUCUACUUUCCUCCUAAAGGCAGACCAGCAAAUUAUUGAUGUAGCUGUACCAGGGGAUGCUACGGUGAAACUGAAGGAGAAAGAGAAGAUUGAGAAAUAUCAAGACCUGGCAAAAGAAUUGAGAAAACUAUGGAAAGUCAAAACAAGAGUUGUGCCUAUUGUUAUUAGUGCUCUUAGGACAAAAGGAUUAGUUGACCAUCUUGAAAGCAUAGGGGUGAAUCUUGAUGUGGCUCAGAUUCAAAAGACUGCCCUAUUAGGAACAGUUUGAAUCCUCCAACGGGUUCUCGACUACUAAGGUUGUGCACAGGACUUGUACCAGGACUGGCUACCAGUUGAACACUGAGAUUAUACAUCAUCAUCAUCAUCAUCAUAUUAAUAAUAGUAAUAAUAAUAAUAAUAAUAAUAAUAAUAAUAAUAAUAAUAAUAAUAAUAAUAACAAUAAUGAUGAUGAUAAUAAUUUGUACAGCACUUAGUCCAGUUCUGCUCUAGGUCCUUUAAGUCAAUCAAUCGAUAAAAAUAAAAUAGUCAUAGUAACAACGUCAUGCUUUGUAAAAAAGUAAGUUCUUAAAUUGUCAAAUGAAAAGAUGUUGUCUAGUAAACUGUUUCAGUGGCCAGGAGGCGAUAAAACAAAAAAAGAAAGUUACUUACCACCAAACUAUGGCACUUUCAAACUCUGGAGGACUAGAUAACAGCCAGACUUCUCCAUUUCAGCUCAGUUAUCUACUUUGUGGCAGACCAGUUAUCUUAAAACAACCUUACUAUUAACUUCAAAAAAAGAUAGAAAAGAUGAAAAAAAAAAUUUAAAUCAACGUGUUCCAACAUUAAAUGUAUUAUUCAAGGUGAAAAUGAAAUUCUUGUUACUUCAAAUCCUGCCAGUCCACUGAUGAUGAUCACACAGUUGUAAAGGAACAGUUGAAGUAUGAGUACUGACUGAGUAAGAGUGUUGAGUGUCCUCGAUUUCCUGGAGUUAGGUGGCGGGUUUCUCCCAUUGCCAGGUUGACAUCACAGAAAAAAGGGCAGACAUUAAAGAUGCACUUAUAGUUGAACAUUACAAUUAGGGAAGAACAGUUGCACGAGUUUUUAGGUUUCCUCACUUAAGUUGGUUUAUUGGUUGACCGGUUUUAUGAUAUCUGAUCUCUUGUGUUAUGCAGCUUAAGUGAUACCGGUCUCUGCUGAAACAGUUCAUCAGCAAAACACCACAGACUACACCUUCCACAAGUUCAGUUUUCAUUGAAAUCCGGCCAUACACAAGCAUCCAGCCACCGUAAGGAAUCCAAACUCCUACAAGUAGUAUCUUCCAUAAGUUUCCAGUCUGGUAUCUGGAAUGUAUGGGGCACACAUAUAGUCAGUAUGAGCCCUGACUGGGAAGGCACGUUGGGUAUCCUGAAUUUCCUGGAGUUGGGUGGUGGGUUUCUCUAAUUGCCAGGUUGACAUCACAGCAAAAAGGGCAGGCAUCAGGGAUGCACUUGUAGUUAAACACUACAAAAACGGAAGAACAGGUAGCAUGAGUUUUUAGGUUCCAUACUUGCUGGUUUAUUGGUUGACCGGUUCUAUGAUAUCUGAACACUUGAGUUAUGCAGAUUAAGUGAUGCUGGCUUGUGCCAAAACAGUUCAUCGGCCAAACACCACUACAACUUCCACAAGUUCAGUUUUCAUUGGAAUCCGGCCAUACNGGUUUCUCUAAUUGCCAGGUUGACAUCACAGCAAAAAGGGCAGGCAUCAGGGAUGCACUUGUAGUUAAACACUACAAAAACGGAAGAACAGGUAGCAUGAGUUUUUAGGUUCCAUACUUGCUGGUUUAUUGGUUGACCGGUUCUAUGAUAUCUGAACACUUGAGUUAUGCAGAUUAAGUGAUGCUGGCUUGUGCCAAAACAGUUCAUCGGCCAAACACCACUACAACUUCCACAAGUUCAGUUUUCAUUGGAAUCCGGCCAUACCCAAGCAUCCAGCAUCUGUAAGGAAUCCAAUCUCAUGUACAAGUAGUAUCUUCCAUAGGUUUCCAGUCUGGUAUCUGGAAUGUAUGAGGCAGACAUCAGGGAUGCAGAAGUGGAUCAAUGAUCACAAGUGUAGCGGUUCAGUCAAUAUGAAUACUGACUCAUUAGGUAUGUUGGGUAUCCUGGAUUUAAUGCAGUUGGGUGGUGCUUGAAUUCUUCUGAUUGUUAUGUUGACACCACAAAAAAGAGCAGGCAAAAGGAACAGUUCUGAAAAUGUAGAAAUGAUCGUUGCAGUGAACGCAAUGCAAUUGGGUAAGGAAGCCUGAAAAAAAAAAAAAAAUUCAGGACUUCAAAGGGGGUUUGAAGGUCAAUUGACCUGCUCCCAACGUCAGUGGCUUCAUAGCUCAGUUGGUAGAGCAUCGCAUCGGUAUCGCAAGGUCACGGGUUCAAACCUCAUUGAAGUCCCGAAUUUUUUUUCAGGCUUCUUUACGCAAUUGCAUAAAUUAUUAUUGUGUUCACUGUGACGAUCAUUUCUUCAUUUUCAUUUCAUUUCCGCAGUUCAUAUAUGAUUUAUUUCAUACAUCAUUAACAGGAACAGUUUUGUAGUUGAACACUACAAGUAAGGAAGAACUGUUAGUAUGAGUUUUCAGGUUUCCAUACUUACUGGUUUGGUUGGCCAGUUCUAUGAUAUCUGAUCUCUUGUGUUACGCAGAUUAGGUGGCACUGGCUUCUGCCAAAACAGUUCAUCAGACAAUCCACUGCACCUUCACAAGUUCAGCUUUUAUUGGAAUCUGGCCAUACACAAGCAACCAGCCACUGUAAGGAAUCCAAUCUCAUACCUUCUUCACGUUUCCAGACUGGUAUCUGGAAUGUA